AUACAGAAGGCUCAAAAAGGUUAGAACCCAAAGCAUUAUUUUAUUACCAGUUUUUAAAAUAAAAAGAAUCACAGAGUAGAAAAAACAGCGAUUUCUGUUUUCUUUUUGACUUGUACGUUUAACCCUGUGGUGAAGUGGGGUUAUUUCAAUCAUGGGGAAAGGAAAUAAUAUGAUUCCUAAUGGUCAUUUCCAUAAAGAUUGGCAAAGGUUUGUAAAGACAUGGUUUAAUCAACCGGCGAGGAAACACCGUAGAAGGCAAAAUAGAAUCAAGAAAGCCAAAGCAAUUGCUCCUCGCCCUGUCGCUGGACCUCUCCGUCCGGUAGUUCGUUGCCCCACUGUCCGCUAUCACACUAAAGUUCGUGCCGGGCGCGGUUUCACUCUACGGGAAAUCAGGGCUUCUGGAUUAAAUCCUGCUUUUGCAAGAACAAUUGGUAUUGCUGUGGAUCCACGAAGGCGUAACAAAUCUGUAGAAUCUCUGCAGAUAAAUGUUCAGAGAUUAAAGGAAUACCGUGCAAGACUCAUUCUUUUCCCUAAGGGCAAGAAGGUCCUGAAAGGAGAAGCUACUGAAGAGGAGCGUAAAGUUGCUACACAGCUUCGUAGUCCACUUAUGCCAGUACAGCAACCUGCACCUAAAUCUGUUGCUCGUGUUAUUACUGAUGAAGAAAAAGACUUCAAAGCCUACCAAUAUCUCAGAGGGGCACGUUCAAUCGCUAAACUUGUUGGCAUCCGAGCCAAGAGGCUGAAGGAUGCUGCAGAGAACCCUGAUGAUGUUACUAAAGCACCAUCAGCCAAGGAACCUAAAGCUAAGAAGUGAAUAGACCAAUAAACUUGUCUUAAAAAAAAUA